AUGUCAGAUACAUUAUAUAAAACAACUGGAAUAUUAUUUUCUACGGUGAUUUUAUUGUCUUUCAGAAAUGUUAAUACUUCAGCGUUUAUUAUGGAGAAUCACUCGCCAUCAUUAUUGAAGCGAAGCUGGGUAUAUUCAGAUACGUAUAACUGCGAAAAAAUCUAUAGCUGUUUCAAUACGAGACAGUGUCGUCUGAGGUAUAACUCACCAAAUUAUUUCUGUGCGAACAUUUAUCCCUGUGGCUCAUCAUGUGCACCACUGGAUUAUCAUGGACAUUUAAGGUCAUACGAACUCGCGACAGAAUAG